CUCUCUUUCCUUAUCUGCUCCACUCUUUUCAAUUCUCUUCUUUCUUUUUUGGUUUUUUUUUUUUCCCUUUUAAAAUAAAUAAUAAGAAGUUGCAAUGGCAUCAAGUUCCUUUCGUUCUUCAUGGACUCCCCGCCAAAACAAGUUGUUUGAGAAGGCUUUGGCGACGUUUGACAAGGACACGCCGGACCGGUGGCAGAAUGUCGCCAGAGCUGUGGGUGGCGGCAAGUCCGCCGACGACGUCAAGCGCCACUAUGAGAUCCUUCUGGAGGAUCUGCGCCGUAUAGAGUGCGGCGACGUUCCUCUCCCGGCCUACAAGACCACCGCCGUUGAUGAGCAAAGGCUUCUGAGGUUUCUUAAGCUGCAAUAAGAAGAGGUCUGAUUAGAAGAUUAAUAAGAUGACGAUGGGGUUCGAUAUGGAUCUGUCAUCACCGUAGAUUUCAUCCGAUCUCAAAAUAAUCUAAUCUGCUGUCAUGUCUUCUGCGGUAGUCCGAUCCUUUAAUUUUCAGUACUAAUUAUUCACCACUUUAUGUUGUAAUAUAAUAUAUAUGUUUCUUCCAUAUCUAUAUAUGUAUAUCGUCGUUUAUGGCAAUGUAUGUACGUAUAUAAUCCUUAAUCUAUUGUCGUUGUCCA